AACAGCAGGAUUGAUAAAUGUGAAGUAUUUACAGGAAAUCGAUUGGCCUUUAUCGCGACUACUCCCCGAGUCCGACUACUUGUACCACCUGACUGAUAAGCGGAUACAAUGGCCGAUAUAUUGAUAUAGCUCAUCGGGACACACACCUUGAGAAACAGUUUUGUUCGAGAACGAAGUCUGACACCUAGAUGGCCCGCUGACUGUCCUGUAGCUGUCCACGUCUCCUUCAGGACAAACUGCAAUACACAUAUGUGUACAUGAAUAACAAAGACGAAGAUGCCUUCACACGGACUUAUAUUCGUAUUUGUUGUAUUGAUUAUAGAUUCGGUCCACUUACAGAUGUUUCCUCCUAAAUUUCCCCCAAAUGUCUUCAAAAUCAUGCCUGAGGACUACGCAAACGGUUCCCUGAUCAAAUCUUUUAAUGUCACCGACCAAGAUAGUGCCAGCAUAACGCUGGGGAUAUUUGAUGAUUUUACACGACAAAGCGUUUACCUUAACCAGACCAAUAUUGUUAGGUCCAGAAGUUCCUGGGUCGUGACAGGCCAUAUAUACCUCAUCAAUCCUGACAGUUUCGAUUUCGACAGGGGUAAUAGAGAAGUGAAGCUGGCAUUCACAGCAUCUGAUGGAGACGGCAACACGGUAAUACACGCCAAACAACUUUCCUCGUAA